GUUCCCAAGUCAGGUCUAAAGCGCACCUAGCUGUAGCUUGUCUCCUUCCUCUUUCUACUCAUUCAUUAAUUUAUUAACCGAAGAUGAUGACCGGUGGAUAUGAAGCAGCGUUAAAGUCUUUAACCUUAUUUUAAGGCGUGCUGUCCCAGCUCUUUUCGUGUCUCUCAGGGACUCUCAGCCUGCUCUCCCUCUGUGGCCUCCUUUGUGCUAAAACAACUUCUGCACUCACCAAAUUCAGGAACCAUGGCCCAGCAACAACAGAUAAGUCUACCAGCCAAACUGAUCAAUGGAGGGAUUGCAGGCAUGGUAGGAGUCACCUGUGUGUUCCCAAUCGACUUGGCCAAGACCCGCUUGCAGAACCAGCGCAGUGGGCAGCAAAUCUACAAGAACAUGAUGGACUGCCUAGUGAAGACAGUUAAAUCUGAAGGGUACUUUGGCAUGUACAGAGGUGCUGCAGUAAAUCUAACCCUGGUAACCCCAGAGAAGGCCAUCAAACUAGCUGCUAAUGAUUUCUUUCGCCACAUGUUGAGCAAAGAUGGUGGUAAGUUGACAGUGUUCAAGGAGAUGCUGGCGGGAUGCUGUGCGGGGAUGUGCCAGGUUAUUGUCACCACACCCAUGGAGAUGCUCAAGAUCCAGCUGCAGGAUGCAGGCAGGAUAGCUGCCCAGCAGAGAGUGAUGCCCACUGUUGUAACAACUCUGAAGAUGGGUGGGACCAGCGCGGUCCUUAGCCGUUCCUAUAACACGAUCCCUGGGCCUCAAGCCAUGCGAAUUUCUGCCAUACAGAUCACCAGAGAGCUGCUGAGGACCAAGGGUGUUACAGGACUCUACAGGGGUCUUGGGGCCACAUUGAUGAGGGACAUCCCAUUCUCUGUUGUGUACUUCCCCCUCUUUGCACAUGUGCACCAGCUUGGCCAGCAUUCAUCUGACGACCCAUCCGUCCCUUUCUAUUGGUCCUUUUUAUCUGGCUGCUUGGCUGGAUCCAUUGCCGCUGUGGCUGUCAGUCCUUGUGAUGUGGUCAAAACAAGGCUCCAGUCACUCAGAAAAGGAACUAAUGAAGAAACCUACAGUGGCGUGGUGGACUGUAUCAGGAAGAUCCUGAGAAAAGAGGGUCCUGGAGCUUUCCUCAAGGGAGCUACUUGCCGGGCCCUUGUCAUAGCCCCACUCUUUGGCAUUGCACAGGUUGUGUACUUUGUGGGUGUUGGAGAGUUCCUGCUGGGGUACACACCCUACAACAUCUGCUCUGCAUAAAAAAAAGCUGUUUCCAGCCUUUGCUGGUUUAUUAAAUUACAGCAGCUAUGCCCUGAGCGUAGCAAUGGAUCCAGCUCUUUGUGUACCUUCUUUAUUGUUGGAGGUUUUGAGUAAAAUGCUAAAUGGAUCAUAGAUAUGCCAUUCAUUUUAAAAUGGUCUAAAAUAUGCCUUUAGCAUGAAUAUCUCUUUUUUUAAGAGACUGAGGUUGAAGUUUACCAGUCUAUGUGCUUCAGUGGAUCUUUCUGGGGAUAAAGAGAGCUUUCCUCACUUUUGCCCAGAGCUCCGCUUCGGUGGCACCGGACUAUUCACUGCUUUCUUAGCUUUACUCAAUCACCUGCGUUUCAUUGAACCCUAAUCUGGUUUUCCAUCUAACUGCCCUAUCUUGGCAACUAUGAGGUGAUGGUAUUUAAUGUUAUAAAGAGACACAACUGUGCCAAUUAGCAUAAAACAAUAGUGGUAGAACAUUUUGACUUCAAUUCCGUCCUGUUUUAAGAGGAUGAUUUAAGAGGAUGGUUUAGAAAAGAUCAUUCUCACACCACCUCCACUACUUUGUGAUUGAUCUAAAGUUAAUUUUUGUUUUGAGCGUGCACUGUGAAUCUCUUCUAUGGCAGCCUACACAACUGUGUAUUUUUUGUUUGUGUUUUUUAACUCUGCAAAUAAAGCCCAACAAGGCCACCUGCAGCUGACUUUAGAGAACCACAUUUUUGUGGUAAAGGAAAUGUUGUUUAAUGGUAAAGACUUUAUUGAUGGAUUCAUCGGGCAUUUGGGACCAAACUUCUGGAAGAAAAAAGGUGCUACAUGACCUACAUGUAGCCAUGUUCUCUUAGUCUGUUGUGGUUGUCUGUCUGAUUUCUAGCUGUCAGAGAUGCAGGAGCACACACACAAAAAUGGUCAUGUUAGGCAUUCAGUGGCAGUAAACAGUGUAAUGAUAGAUUGCACUCUCUGUCUGCUCGGCCUUUUCAUGGGUUAAAGUAAUUUAAGCUAUUUUACCAAUGUAAAUAUGCAGGGGGGUUUUUUCUUCAAUUUUCUCAAACUGUGCAAAAAUGAGAACAGUUUUUAAUUUGAACGUUUUUGAGCCACAUGAGAAAACAAUUUUGUGUUCAUUUUAGAAUCAUACAUGUAAAUACAUAUGUCUUAAUGCUGAAUAAAUGUCUGUAAAUGCAGCGUUUAUUUCUGUUGUUUGUGUUGAGUGUGUGUGGCUUGAAGUAUUGAAUUUUAUAGUUUAUAAUCACUCGCUGAUUAGGGCUAUGGGAAACAGGCAGCAAAUUAACUUUUAAUGUAAGCCUCGAAAGGUGUUACCCUACUCCUUUACACAUGCACCACAAGCGUGGUUCAGAUUUUGGCAGUAAAAGUGCUCGUACUGCAGUGUUGAGGUAAUUUCACCCCGGGCAGUCCUGGAGCCUCAGCUGGAUUGCACACAUAACUAUACCCUUAACUUAAUAUCCAGCUGUCCUUUAAGAUCAAGUGCAGAAAUGUGAACCUCUGACAUGAAACUCAUGCAACUAAAUCUGGAAACCUAUUUAAUCAUUGGAGAUAUCACUGCUUUUCCUGGGGAUCUAAAUCGUGCUACGUUUAGAAACUACUAAAUUUUUUGCAUUUUAUUUUCUAAAGGAGCUUUGCUAUAGUCAGCACUGCACAUUAUCAUUACACGACAUUUUCUCAUGAUGUGAAAUAAAAAUAUCGCUACAUCUAGAGUGCAUCCAGCAAAAUGCUGCAGAUGGAUUUCAUUAAUGAAAAUUGCUAGAAGUGUGCCGUGAGUGUGUCACUGACACCCUGCGUGAACUUGUGGACCAAUCCCAAGAUAUUGAACAACAGUCUCACACACUUUAAAGCUAUCUGGCAAAAUUUAAAGUGUAUGUGCAAAAAGAAACUUCAAUGCUUUUAGAGUUUAUAUAAUUUCAUAUAAACUUCUAUCUGCUUUAAUCAUCCACAUACAAUUGUAAAUCUACAACCACUGAACCCUUUUUAAAAGGAAAUUAUCAAUAAAGACCAGCAUGUCCUCCCUGUGUGAACUUGCCUGUGAUGUAAUAAUGGAAGGAUGGACACGUGAAGCUCUACAAAACCUUCAAAAAGCUUUAUUAAACUUCAAACACCUAUAUUCCUGAGAGGCCUGGAAUGGUAUUAAAAUAAAUUAACACACAAUCAUCUAUGAAAGGCUUGACUGUGUACACAGUUUUUUUUGAGGUGCACAGUGUGUUACAUCUCCAGAUUAGCUCAAACAAAUAUAAAUGAGGAAGACAGCAACAGAUUGGUGGCUUUAGUAGCAGUAAACUGUGCCUCUGAAGUGACAGUCUGGUGAUAGUCCUGUGUUACCUCAGUCUUCAGAGUAAACACUGCCUACUGGCAUCCCGAAGUGGUUAUCAAGUCUCACUCGUUUUCAUCGCUUGUGCCACAUUACAAUGCAAUGGAAAAAAAACAAAACAAAACAAAGAAUAGUAAUAUUGACCAGCACUUAUGUCUAACGCAGCGAUUGUUGGAACUUAAUCAGCAUUAAAAUGAUUGUUUUGAGUCCUCAUUACAGAAUUCCUUGGUACCAAAAGCCUUUAGAAAUAUUUGGCAGGAAAGCCGUUGCUCGCACCACGUCAGCUUCCUUGGCUGAGCUCGAGUUGAACGCAACACUUUGAAACACACCAUAAAACGGCGAGUCGAGCCCCGUGUGCUACUCGUCGAAUACGUUUGACAGCUAGCUGCAGUCCAAGUCUACCAA